CCAUCACAAGGAUAUAAUAGAAUUAAUUAUGAUCCAGAAAAUUUACCAAUGCGUUCUCAUACUAGCCAUCUUCAAGAUAUUGAAGCAAUGGAAAAUAAAGGACUUAGGAAUAAAAUACAACAUGAACGAGAAUGUGCUUUUAGUUUUUCAGCAACUAAAGAAGAAUUACAUUCACUAUUUCAAGAGUACAAUAUGACAAAAGCGGAGGUUCGAAAGGUUAAGCAAUACUAUGCAACUGCAUUAGAUUUGACAAUGAAUGAUGUAAGCUUAAUUACUGAAUAUAUUCAAAAAUAUGGAAAAUUGCGAACUAAAUCUAGUGUGUUAAUUGGAUCAAAACUUGCUAAUCGCGGAGGAGAUGUAGCUCGAAAUAACUAUUCAAUUGCUCUUCUAGUUGACAAAAAUGCACAUUUAUCAAGAGCGCCUGUUGAUUUUGAAGAGCAUGAGUUUUAUAGUCAAAUUUUAUACUAUUUUGUAUAUGAAUAUAAUAAUGAGUUAUCAAUGCUUGCCUUUGUACAGUAG